UAUAUAAAUUUUAGAGAUGAUGAACCAAAGGCAUGCAUUGAUUUUGUACUAGUACAAAACAAAUCCUUGAUAAACACUAUACCAAGAAACAUCUCUCUUAUUUGUAAGGACGAAAAGAAUCUCUCAAGGUUCUGUAGAAUUUGUCAGAAUAAUUUCUGGAAACAAAAAUAAUAAUGGGAGGCCAAAUGGGAUCAUCACUCCCGGAGCAAAACAGAGAGAAGCUUCUGUGGCAGUACUCCAGCGACGUAGCCGAUGGUCGUCAUGACUCUAAGUUCUUCCGGUGUUGUUCUUGGAGGGCUCUCUACGAGGCUCCGGCUAAGUUGUACGCGAUGGGACAUUCUGAUCGUCGGAAGCUUUAUUUCUCUUUCAAGAUGGGGGUUGCUCUCGCACUAUGUUCCUUUGUCAUCUUUCUCAAAGAGCCGCUUCGAGAUGCUAGUAAAUAUGCAGUUUGGGCUAUCCUCACUGUUGUCCUCAUUUUCGAGUAUUACGUUGGAGCAACUUUGGUUAAAGGACUCAAUAGAGCUUUAGGCACAUUGUUAGCUGGGGGACUUGCUCUUGGCGUCGCGCAGCUCUCUCUUUUAGCAGGAGAGUUUGAAGAAGUCGUCAUUGUAAUCUGCAUAUUCAUUGCAGGUUUUGGUGCUAGUUAUUUGAAACUCUACGCGGCCAUGAAACCAUACGAAUACGCAUUCAGGGUGUUCAAGUUGACAUAUUGUAUCGUUCUUGUUUCCGGGAACAACUCGAGAGAUUUCUUAAGCACUGCUUACUACAGGAUCUUGCUUAUUGUUCUUGGUGCAACCAUUUGUUUGCUUGUGAAUUUAUUUCUGUUUCCGAUAUGGGCCGGGGAAGAUCUCCAUAAACUGGUGGCUAAAAACUUCAAGACUGUGGCAAAUUCCCUAGAAGGAUAUGUGAAUGGUUACUUGGAAUGUGUGGAAUACGAGAGAAUACCCUCGAAGAUUCUCACGUACCAAGCUUCGGAUGAUCCAUUAUACAGCGGGUACAGAUCAGCUGUUCAAUCAACAAGCCAAGAAGAUUCUCUGUUUGGUUGUGUGAUAUGGCAGGCAGCUCCAGAGAAAAGACAUGCUUUUAGUAACGAGCUUCGGAGAGUUGGUAACGAAGGAGCAAAAGUUUUACGUUUGUUUGGAGAAAAAGUUGAGAAAAUGGAGAAGCUAAACCUAAGCCUCGGAGAGAUUCUUAAAGACGUUCAACAUGCAGCAGAGGCACUACAAAUGAAGAUAGACAGUAAAUCAUAUCUUCUUGUCAACUCAGAAAGCUGGGCAUCUAUUAAAGAGCAAGCUGAAGCGGAAGAAGCUCGAGAAAAAGAACAAGAAGCCAAAGACGACGAGACCAAAGUGAUUACAUCCUUAAGCCAGAUUUGGGAUAACAACAACAAUCAUCAGGGUAAUGAUCACUCUCGGAAUUGGAGGUCAACAGAGAGUAUGAUGUUCAAGAACCGGGAGGUGUGGCCAAGCGCGUCCUUCAUUGGUGGUACGGUUGUGAAUGAGAUCGAAUGUAAAGUAUGCGAAAGUGCGAGUUCGUUGUCUUUGGCUACGUUUUCUUCUCUUCUGAUCGAGUUUGUUGCGAGGCUGCAGAAUGUUGUCAACGCCUUUGAGGAGCUUAGCACAAAAGCUGGUUUCAAAGAUCCUGUCGAUCAGAUUCCUAAGGUUUGAAUGUGUAGAAGAUGUGAUUUGGGGGGCGUGGUGCCACCUUAGUAUUAUCAUGAAUGUUGCAAGUGAUUUGAAAGUAUCAUAAAACAAAUAUUAGUUACAUUAUUCUUUUGUUUUGUGUAUUUCUGGUUAAAUCAUUUUGAUUACAUGUUUAAAGGA